AAUCACGGGAAAGUGCAUCUGUCUGUGCAGCACUUCGAGGUUUGUCAAUGUAAACAGAGAAAUGUCGCAGUCUCCGGACACCCACAGCCUGCUGUCUGCCUCCUCCCAGCUUAAUCUGAUGGAAGUGGACUCGAUUGAUGAUAAGGAGUUUGACAUUCCACAAGUGGAUACACCUCCCACACUGGAAAGCAUUCUCAAUGAGCAGCAAGUGGAGCCUGCACCUGAAGUAGCAGAGCUGGAGGACGAGGAGGAACCGUUUGUACUGGAGGACACCUGCAUACUGAACACAGACAAUGUGGACGCACACUCCUGUGAGACCUCCUCUCUGGCCAGCUCUGACAGUGGAGACCCAACAUACCUUAAACGGAAGAAGAAGACGGUGGAUAUGAAUGUAACAGUUCACGGGUGCAUCCUUCGACACAGUCUGCUGAAGGGCAUCUCUGCACAGAUCGUCUCUGCUGCUGACAAAGUGGACGCUGGACUUCCAACAGCUAUAACGGUGUCGGGUGUGAUUGCUGUGGGAACGUCUCAUGGCCUGGCUUUGGUGUUUGACACCAACCAGGCCCUGCGGCUCUGUCUGGGUACCAAGACCACCGGAGCAGAGUUUGGCGCCGUCUCUGCCCUCAGCAUCAACCACGACUGCUCUCGACUUCUCUGCGGGUUUGCCAAAGGACAGAUUACAAUGUGGGAUCUAGCCAAUGGGAAGCUUCUGAGAACCAUCACUGAUGCCCACCCUCCAGGGACAGCGAUUCUGCAUGUGAAGUUCACAGAUGACCCAACUCUUGCUGUGUGCAAUGACAGUGGAGGAUCUGUUUUUGAACUGGCUUUUAGGAGGGUGAUGGGGAUGCGGUCAUGUGAUUCUCGAUGUCUCUUCAGUGGUUCUAAAGGGGAGGUCUGCUGUAUCGAACCUCUGCGUUCUCCUCCAGACUUCAGAGAGCAUCCCAUCACACACUACUCUCUGCUUGCUAUGGCAUCGCUCACUAAGAUCCUUGUGAUUGGAUUAAAGCCGUCGCUGAAAGUCUGGAUGACUUUUCCUUACAAUAAGUCUGAUCCCACCAGCGUUCCUCAGCUGGCCUGGCAGUUUGUUCCUGUUCAGAAGAUGGUCAACCCAGUCCUGGCUUUCUGCAAAGGAGAUACUGUCCACUUCCUCUUGGUAAAAAAAGAGGAAUCCGGGACCAUCCAUGUCAUCAAACAGAGACAGCUGCAGCUCAGCUGUGACAUCAUUAGCCUCAGUUGGAUCAACAGUCGUACUCUGGUCCUGGUGGACAGCCAUGAAAAACUGCACGUUGUGGACCGACCUAGUCAAGAGAUUCUGGAGACUCUGGACCUGGAGCAGGUGCAGCUGGUGUAUAACAGCCGGCAUUUCAAAUCACUGGCCACCGGAGGGAAUGUCUCCCAGGCUCUGGCUUUAGUUGGAGAAAAGGCCUGCUACCAGUCGGUCUCGAGCUACGCGGGGCAGAUUGUGUAUUUGGGCACCAAGUCAGCUCACAUUAUGACUCUAAGGAACUGGAGAGAGCGUAUUGACUGUCUGAUGAAGCAGGAGCAUUUUGUUGAAGCCCUCUCUUUGGCCUGGUCCUUUCACGAGGGAACUGCUAAGGCCGUGGUUGGCCUGUAUGGAGACUCACUGAAAAGGAAGGCAGCGGUCAGCGACAAGAUGGUCGAGAUCCUUUUCCAGUUUGCAGAGCACGCUUUGAAAAAGUGUCCCGAACAAGGAAAAAUCCAAGUAAUGGAGCAGCAUUUCCAGGAUGUAGUUCCAGUCCUGGUGGAUUACUGCCUGCUGCUGCAGAGGGCUGACCUGCUAUUCACCCAGUUGUAUUCUCGGCUGGUAGAGAAUACGGUUGCUAAGGGUGUCUUCUUGGAGUCACUAGAGUCGUACAUUGUUGCUGACCGCCUCGGACACCUCACCCCAGCCAUUAUGAGGGACCUCCUGGACCAUUACCAUGGUAACGGUAUGAUGGACAGCCUGGAGAGAUGUAUUGUCCACCUGGACGUUACCAGCUUGGACAUCCAGCAGGUGGUUCGAGUGUGUUGGGAGAACCAGCUCUAUGAUGCAAUGAUCUACGUUUUCAACAGUGGAAUGAAUGACUACGUCACUCCGAUGGAGAAACUCUUUGCAGUGAUUGGCCCAACACUGAAGGAGGGAAGGAGCCUAACAGAUGAGAAUGUGGUGAUGGGAAACAAACUUCUGGUGUACAUAAGCUGUUGUCUAGCAGGACGGGCGUAUCCACUAGGAGACAUUCCUGAAGACCUUGUGGUUCAAGUCAAGAACCAGGUAUUUGAGUUCCUAAUCCGUCUCCAUUCAGCUGACUCGUCCGAGGAAGAGGAAGUUUUCCCAUUUAUUCGUACACUUCUCCACUUUGACACCAGGGAAUUUCUCAACGUUCUUGCCAUGACAUUCGAAGACUUUAAGAAUGACAAGCAGGCCCUUGAGUACCAGCAGAGGAUAGUGGACAUCUUACUCAAGAUAAUGGUGGACAACCCAGAUUUUACUCCUUCCCAAGUGGGCGGGCUUUUCACGUUCUUAGCUCGCCAGUUGGCCAAGCCAGACAACACACUUUUUGUGAACAGGAAGCUCUUUGAUCAGGUGCUGGAGUUCCUGUGUUGCCCAGAUGAUGAUUCCCGACACACUGAGAGACAGCAGGUUCUGCUGGAGCUGCUGCAGGUUGGGGGUGUGGUCCAGUUUAAUGAAGAAAGACUCUUGAUUUUGGCGGAGAAAGCCAAGUUCUACCAAAUCUGUGAAUUUCUUUAUGAGAAGAAUCAUCGGUAUGACAUGAUCAUUGACUGCUACCUGAAAGACCCCCUCAGGAAGUGGGAGAUCUUUAACUACAUCCACAACCUGCUGUCCAUGCCUGGCUACAGCGACGAGGAGAAACAAACGGUCAAGAGCAAAGUACUGAAACAUAUACAGGACCUGGUGACCCUUGACCCCAGCAAAUCAGCUGACCUAGUAUUGUUUCAUUUUGCAGAAGAGGUGCAGCAAAUCAUCUCAGAGCUUAAGGAUGAUCAGCUCCUUUUCAGAUUCCUCAGCUGCCUGUUGGAGCCACGGGAAGGCCUUCCUUCAGGAGCCAUCCUGCCUCUGGAAGGUGACCUCCACGAGCUUCUGCUGGAUUUACUGUGCCGCUUUGCCCCAGACCAGCUCCUGAGCUUUCUCCACACCUCCCAGCACUACAGACUGGAGGAAGCAAUACAAAUAACAGAGAAGCACCGCUGCAAUGACGCUACAGCCUACUUACUGGAGAAGAAAGGAGAUGUUCAAGGAGCAUUUGCUGUUUUAUUAGAGACACUGAAGGAAAAACUGUGUGUCCUCACUGCUGAGAGGGACGGAGGAGGCGAGGAACAGGACGCUGACGGGGCCAGAAUCACUGAAUCAGCACUUAUGAAAUUAAAGGAGUCGGUGAAUGACAUAACUGUCUUCUGUCAUCGAAGUUGUCAGGGCCUCAACCAGCAACAAAGAGAGGUUCUGUGGUUUCCACUUUUGGACACAAUGAUGGCGUCUCAGAAACAAGUGAAAGGGCUCGAUGCUAAACACACCUCUGAGGUGCUGAAGGAGCUCACCAUGAAGGUUCUCAACGCUAUGAGCAGCUUUAUUCCUCUGCCUGCCAUCAUUCAACAAAUACUGCAGGAUCCAGUCUAUGGGAAAGGCAAGCUCGCAGAGAUUCAAGGCCUCAUUCUGGGCAUGCUGGACACAUUUAACUAUGAACAGACUUUACUUGAAACAACCACCAACCUGUUGAACCAUGACCUCCACUGGUCCCUGGCUCACCUGCGUGCUGCCGUCACGAGGGGACUUCACCCACGACAAGACUGCUGUAACAUCUGCCUCCAACAGUACAAGAGGAGGCAGGAUUCAGCUGAGGAGAUCAUUGUUUUCAGCUGUGGUCACCUGUACCACUUGCAGUGCCUGCAGCAAAAGGACUGUGUGGGGGGCUUUGCUUCAGAGCUGCAACGGCAGUGGAGGUGCUACAAAUGUUCAUCCAGCCAUGGAGGAAGGGGCGGGUCCUCCACUGAAGCAAAAAGAUGCCGCAGCACAUCGCUGGCACAGACUCAUGUUACAUCAGUACACAAUGACACAGCAGCAGUGGCUCACAGGAAGAAGGUGUUUGCUGAGGCAACAUUGGACCUUCAGCAGGAACAGUCCUGGGAUCAGAUCCGCUGCUUAUACCGAGGACCAUCCAGGCUGUCCAUCCUUUCAGAAGUCUCUCACUGCCAUGAGAAACCAGGAUUUUUGUUCUCAGCCCAGCCAGCAGCAGAGAGUUUCCAGCUGAAACUGUCUCCUCCGCCUCUCGUUGAGGAAUAGCAUCACAGCGGGUUGAGGAUAAGAUUUUGUGUUUUGUCAGGACCAAAGUUGUGUGAUUGGUUGAUAAGAGAGGAUCUUGCUUUAUUCCCACUUCAUUCUUCCUCUGAGCUGUUGUAUCAUAGCUGUUCACAGCUUUGUUACUACAUUUUAUAACUUUUUCAAACUGUUUAUUUAAAAGUGUUCUGAGAGGAGCUCCAUAAAAAUCUGAAUCCUGCUGCCUCUGUGUUUGUGGCCUCUUCACCUGAACACUCACAGGAAGCUGCUGUUUGCUCUCUGUGCAGGUUUGAUGCAGCGCUCUGAGACUUCCUAAAAAGGCUUUGAUUACACCUUGUAAAUAAUUCUGUCUGCUUCACUUACUGCUGGUUGGUUGUUAGUUCAGGUGAGCCCCUCAUUUU